AUGGCUGAGCGUACAGAGACCGACGUGUCAAGACCGUCCGCGCUGCCCAGCGCUAAGCUGACGAACAGGAAUCGAGAAACCCGGCCGUUCGCCGAUCUCAAGUCAGACGAGUACCUGGAUUCUGUGGAAGAGGAAUGGAAUAAGAGGGUGGACGCGGAGGUGGACACCUUAGUCGAAGGCAUGGUGGAUCUUGUGAGCUUGGCUUCGAUCGGGGACAAGGACAAGUUUCGAAUCGCCUUGGAGGCGUUCCAGGCUGAAAGUCGCGCUGAGUCUAUGGUCAGAUCUGCAAAUUCUCUACUGUCCAUCAUACACUCCAUGAAGUUAUUGCUCCUGUUAUCCGACGAGGCCCAAAUCGCGAACUUGCGCGAUAGCGAGCUCAAGAUUAUCCAGGAAGAGAAGGAUGAAGCGAAGAAGAAAGUCGCUGAGCUGCUGAAUGAUCUGUUGAAGCCCUCAGAGCUGCGAGUGUGACGACUGGGCCUCCAUGGUAUCACGGUUUACAUCCUGAUCGAGUCUCCUCCUCGGCCGUCUUGUCAACAGUCCUAUGAUGGAGUUGGAAGAAGGCGCUCAGGCGCGCCUCCUGUGAUAACCACUGCGCCGGAGUCGGCUGGAUGCGACACAGCACCAAAGCCGACUUGUUGCAGCUCUUAGAAACCCAAGGGACUCUACCAUGGCGCUCCCGCUUCACGUCUUAAGUGCCGAACUCAAUAUCGACGGAUACUCGUUGAACUUCAUCACGACCCGACUUGUUAGCAGAUCUGGGACGGAAGGAAAGAACGAGCGGGGGACAUUUGGAAUUGUAUGAGAACUUGUUCUCCCAUGACCAGAGAACCUGUUGCUGCCAUAUUUGUUGUGAUACCAGGGCGAUGGCCUCACCACAUGAAAUGAUACAUGUCCG